GAGGACAGGCGGGCGGGGGGUGAGAGAGAGAUUGCGCUUGCGGGGGGAGGAGAGACGGUGGCUGGCCUCCUCGCGAGCAGAAGGCAGCAGCGCCAGCGCCGAGAGGGGGAGAGGAAGAGGCGCGGCAGCCGCCAGAAGGACGCGGACGCACUGACAGCAGUCCUAGAAUUAGUCGAAGAUGUCGGGUCAGACGCUGACAGAUCGCAUCGCAGCUGCUCAGUACAGCGUUACAGGAUCAGCUGUAGCUAGAGCCGUCUGCAAAGCAACCACACAUGAAGUGAUGGGACCCAAGAAAAAACACCUGGACUAUCUGAUCCAGGCCACGAACGAGACAAAUGUCAACAUUCCUCAAAUGGCUGAUACGCUCUUUGAGCGAGCAACAAACAGUAGUUGGGUGGUUGUAUUCAAAGCCUUAGUAACAACACAUCAUCUAAUGGUUCAUGGCAACGAGAGGUUUAUUCAGUAUUUGGCAUCUAGAAACACACUAUUCAAUCUCAGCAAUUUUUUGGACAAAAGUGGAUCACAUGGAUAUGAUAUGUCCACCUUUAUCAGGCGCUACAGUAGAUACUUGAAUGAAAAAGCAUUUUCCUACAGACAAAUGGCAUUUGAUUUUGCAAGAGUGAAGAAAGGGGCUGAUGGUGUAAUGAGGACGAUGGUUCCAGACAAAUUAUUGAAGAGCAUGCCAAUAUUACAGGGACAAAUAGAUGCACUUCUUGAAUUUGAUGUUCAUCCAAAUGAACUCACAAAUGGUGUCAUAAAUGCCGCAUUUAUGCUGCUCUUCAAAGAUCUCAUCAAACUCUUUGCGUGCUACAAUGAUGGGGUUAUUAACUUAUUAGAGAAAUUUUUUGAAAUGAAGAAGGGACAAUGUAAAGAUGCUCUUGAAAUUUACAAACGGUUUCUGACUAGAAUGACAAGAGUAUCAGAAUUUCUUAAAGUUGCAGAGCAAGUUGGAAUUGACAAAGGAGACAUUCCUGAUCUCACACAAGUGUUGCUGACCAGAGUUCUCUGUGAUCUGAAAAACAGUGAUGAUAACGAAAAGUCUCCUUUUAAAGACUAUACAAUUGAUGAACCGGCUCCUAGUAGUCUUAUGGAGACUCUUGAACAGCAUCUAAACACUUUGGAAGGAAAGAAAGGCAAUAGCUCUGGCGCACCUUCACCCUUGAGCAAGUCUUCUCCGGCCACAACUGUUACGUCUCCUAAUUCCACCCCAUCAAAAACUAUUGAUACAUCUCCUCCAGUUGAUCUCUUUGCAACAUCCUCUACAGGAGCUCCGGUCAGUGCUUCCAAACCCUCCAGUGAUCUUCUAGAUCUUCAGCCAGACUUCACAUCUACUACUGCACAAGCAGCUCCAGCAGCUUCUGCUGGAGCAACUUCAUGGGGAGACCUCUUGGGCGAGGACAGUUUGGCUGCGCUUUCCAGCGUUACCUCUGAGCCACAGAUCUCAGACCCAUUUGCAACAGAAGCCACCCCAGCUGCUCCUGCUGCAACUACUGAAAUAGCAACUGCUUCUGCUACAACUACAACUGUUACUGCUUCUACUGCUGCUGAAGUGGAUCUUUUUGGAGAUGCCUUUGCAGCUUCUCCUGGUGAAGCCCCUGCAGCACCUGAAGGGGCGGCAGCACCAGCUACCCCAACCCCUGUAGCAGCAGCUCUUGAUGCAUGCUCAGGAAAUGACCCCUUUGCCCCAUCUGAAGGCAGUGCAGAGGCUGCUCCUGAGCUGGACCUCUUUGCUAUGAAGUCAACUGAAACCAGCGUUCCUGUAGUUACCCCUACAACUAGUGCAGCCACUCCAGUUCCCGCAACUACUCCUACUCCAGCUGCUGCCGCGGCCCCUGCAGCCCCUGCUACAACUGCUACCACUACUGCCACUACCACUACUGCCACCACGUCUGCUACUACCACUACUGCCACCACCUCUGCUCCUACUCCUGCUCUAGAUAUCUUUGGUGAUUUGUUUGAAUCUGCACCUGCUGAUGCCCCUGCAGCACCUAAGCCAGAUGCUACUCCUAGCAUAGACCUGUUCGGUACAGAUGCUUUUUCUUCUCCACCCACUGGAGCUUCUCCUGUGCCUGAGAGUUCGCUCACUGGUGAUCUCUUAUCUGUGGAUGCAUUUGCAGCACCAUCGCCCCUGCCCACUGCCUCCCCAGCUAAAGUGGAUUCUUCAGGUGUGAUUGACCUGUUUGGUGACGCUUUUGGAAGUAGUGUUCCUGAACCCCAGCCUGCAACGCAAGCUGCGUCUAGCUCCUCUGCUUCUGCUGAUCUAUUGGCCGGCUUUGGAGGUUCCUUUAUUGCUCCUUCUCCAUCACCUUCUCCUGUUACAGCCGCUCAGUCUAAUAUACUGCAGCCCAACUUUGAAGCAGCUUUUGGAGCAUCUCCUUCACCCUCACCUGGUGGCAGUUCCUUUGAUCCUUCUGUGUUUGAUGGCUUAGGUGACCUUCUUAUGCCAACUAUGAUGCCAUCUGGUCAACCUCUGUCUGCUUCAGGCGCAGCUGCUGCUUCUGUUUCAGCUGGAACCAAAGGCAUUGGAAGUGAUCUUGAUUCCUCUCUUGCAAACUUAGUAGGAAAUCUUGGCAUUUCUGGUACCACAACAAAGAAGGGAGACCUUCAGUGGAAUGCAGGAGAGAAGAAAUUAACAGGAGGAGCCAACUGGCAACCAAAAGUAGCACCUGCAACGUGGUCAACUGGUGUUCCUCCAAGUGGCCCAAUGACAGGAUCUGUGCCUCCUGCAGGUGCUACCCCUUCUACAUCCGGUGCCCCUCCUGCACAGACUGGCUCAGGGUUUGGAAUGCAACCUUCCGGAGCAGGUGUUCCAAUGAUGCCACAGCAGCCAGUUAUGUAUGGGCAGCCUAUGAUGAGGCCACCAUUUGGAGCAGCUGCAGGAGCUGGUGCACAACUCUCUCCAAGCCCUACACCUGCCACACAGAGUCCCAAGAAACCUCCAUCAAAAGACCCAUUAGCGGAUCUUAACAUCAAGGAUUUCUUAUGAACUACUUAAGUUGCAGUUUUCUGACAAGCUAACUGAAGAUGCAAGUCUGGAGUCUACAAAUAAGAGUUUUGUUGCUCAGAGUUUCCAAGUGAGCCACCACUACCAAACCCAGUACUUAUUCAGACUUCUCUCCUACUUCCAAAACGUGUAGCACAGCUGUGAAAGUGAACAUUAGGAAUGUGUAUUACCUUAGUUGUUUACCCCUUUUCUCUCUCUCUCUUUCAGUUUGUGUACUUGGGUUAUUAUUUAUGUGUUUUACAACUUAAACAAUGGAUGUAUGUUUCUGAUGCCUUCUUAGUGCUUUUCUGGACCUAUCUAAUAGGGGCAGAUUAUGCAGCUGUUGUGUGGUGAGCCAUUUGGAGCGAUGUGUCUGUGUUUCUGGAGGUCUCGAUGUAAAUAACUUUGGCAACCCCUCUACAUUUUCCCCUUAAAAUCCAGUUUCUCUUAUAUAAUGGUUAUACAAAAUAAUAGUGUGAUAAUAUCAGGUAGUAAGAAAAGCACUCUCAAUCCUACAAAACCUUCUUUGUGUGGAAUACAUCCCCCCCCCCAAAAAAAAAAACCAACCCGCAGGAUUCUCAAUUUGUUGUGGGAAAUGUUUUAUUUUUGUGGCACUGUACAUGUUAAGAAUAUUAUUUAAGGUAAUAUAAAAGAAAACUCCCGUUAACACUUCCCCUUUCAAGUUGCUGUGUGAAGAAUUUUUUUAAAAAGGAAUAUCACUUUUCUUUUGAAAAUACUUAAGGGGUUUUGUUUUCAUUUAAAAUCAGAUUAUUUAUCAAUUUUUGUUUAAAUGCACUGAAAAUAAGUAGAGGGUAAGAUUUUCUUGCCGUGUAGUUGAGCAAUCAAUCAUAGCUGUGCAGACAUCUUAAGGGUCGUCAGAUGAACUAGGUCACUUUUCAGUGUAUCUGUAGUAAAAUCAUGACAAACUAAAGGGUUUUUUAAACUUUUGUUGAUCUUUUACGUACAUCUGUUAGUUUGAUGCUUAUCUGUGUAUGCCUCAGACUGGUCUUUUCCAUCCCCAUGCAGCACGGUGUAUUUUCCAUACUGUCUGUGAUUACAGGUCACACUAAACUGACAAACUGCACCCUUUACUGUAAGCAAAAAAAAAUUGUGUUCCUUUUUAAUGUUUUAGUUUGUUCUCUCAUACUGUUUGUGCUGAUGGCUUGGCUUAAGAUUUUUGACUCCUUAAGGUCACUGUUGAUCAGUGUUACAAGUGGCUUGGCAGCUCUUUGUAAAAGCAUAUUAGGUUGGAAAGAUGUUCACCUAAGUCUUUCAAAUUAACUAUUUAAUCAAUAUAUGGUACCAUUUUAAAAAGAAAAAGUGGUUGUAUCUGAAUUUAUUGUUGGGACAACAUACACUGUAAUGAUGGAGUAAGAGAGAGAGAGAUUUCAAAAUGGCUUUUCUUUGUAUUUUGGUUUGAGACAAACCCAGUGCAUGUAUACCCUCUGAGAUGCAAUAAAACACCUUGAUCGAAGUAAACUCAAA